CUGUUUCUGUUGGCCUGCAAUCCAACAUGACGUUCUGUUUUUAGUUGCUGCAUGUCACGACCAGAAGCCUUUGGCCUCUGCCAGUCUCUGUGAGUUUACGUUUGCCUGCGUGUAUGAGAUCCGAUUAGUUUGAAGUGAAACAUCUGAAUGGGACAAUAAGUGAAAUCAGGGGUUCACAGGCAACGCAUGUUGUUUUUGCAUAUUUUAGUGUGAUCCCUUACUUACAAGUGUGUUAGAGCAACUGCGCAUACCCAGCAUGCCAGAGGGGGAAAAAUAUGGUUUUAUUGAGUUGUUUUUGGUUCAGAGAGCAUAACAUUUCAAUUUGAAGAGCUGGAGCUCUUCAACAGGCGGAGCAUUCCUGAUUUCUCACGUCCCUACCGUCAAAAUUGCAUCACGUCCAUCCUUCAUCCUCGCUGUCAACUUUCCCACAGCUACUGGCGCAGGAAUGUCGCGUUCCUGGUAGACUCUCUGUGGAUCACGUUGCACAUGUACGACACAUUUGAUCACGCGACUUCAAUGAACGCACGUCAGGUAGAGAUUAAGCACACCCCACGUGCGAGCCAGGAGGAGUGCGUGCUGGCGCUUGUUGAUCAAAGGAGGUGUGAUGCAAUCAGUCUCGGGGCUGUGGAUGCAUCCCUCAUCAACUUUCACCGGAGGCUUUAAUGAAAACCCACUGGAGGGAGUCUCCGCUGUUGCUUCCCUUUGCCUUCUCAUCUUCUCGUUCACUCCCUGCAGUUCCAGAGUGUCCUCCUCCUCAUUCAUCUCCCAGGCUGCGCCUCCCUGCCUUCUCCCUCUUGUCCCAGUAGCCGGCUUGACUUCCGCUGAGACAGAGUAAAUAUUUCUCAUGGCUUAUCUGACCAAAGAGACAGAAAGCCACAGAGCAUGUGAGGCUCUUAUAAUUAAACCACCAGCCGCCUGCGUUUGAUCAGGCCUGGAUGUCCUGACAGGUACGGUCGGGCCUUUAGGUUUGACACACCACGAAACCCCCAACUGCAACUGCUCAGAGCUCAUGUGUCUGCAUCCAAUCUUUCAGCUAUUAAACCAGCGCACAUCUUGACUUGAUUUUCCUAAGUUUGGCUUGUUCUGACUGAGGGUCCAGGAAGGGGGAGGUAGAGGAUAAAGAGGGAAACAUUAUGCAGCAAAGAGAGCGACUUUUCUUCUCCGCAAUGACUGAGGUGUGACGUGCAGCAACUUCCCUGUUGUGCAAUCGUCAAGAGGCUCUCAGGGGGCUAUAAGAUCUCCGUCCUCAUCUGGUUUCUCAGAGCCUCAGAUCUGCUCCCUCUGCUCACGCCCAGACUGACGGAGAGGCACUAUACAGUCCAGCGCACUCGGCUGGGCGCAAUUCUCUUAGAGGGUCGAGCAACAUUUGUCAAGAUAUGGACUUUAGCCAGAAGAAGCACUGAAAAGCUCCUGGCUUUUUCUGCUGGAUACUCGGUCAUAUCAGCUGACCUUGGAAAUCUGAAAGAAUUUGAAGUCACGUCUUCUGACACGAGGGAACAUCUGGUUCCAUAAUGGCAAUCCCAAGUGGCCUCUUCUUUUUCAACUCCACAUCCUCCCCGUUUCCAGCGCCAGAGGUCUACGUGAACACCUCGUCGGUUCCUUCCGUUCACCACUGCCAAGACUGGGUUCCGGUGUCCAUGACGACAGUGAUCCCCACCAUCUACGGCGUCAUCUGUGUGCUGGGUACUCUGGGCAAUGCCUUGGCGGUGUAUGUGUUGGCUUGUGGCAAUGCCCUCACGAGAACGGUGGCGAACACCUUCAUGCUGAACCUGUGCAUCUCCGACCUGCUGUUCCUGUUGACUCUUCCACUGUGGGCCGUCUACUACUCCUGGGGCUAUAGCUGGCCCUUUGGACGAGUGGCCUGCAAAAUUUGUGGUACUCUCCUAAACCUCAACCUCUACGCGUCUAUUUUCUUCAUCACGUGCAUGAGCGUAGACCGUUACCUGGCCAUCGUGCAUCCUCUCCUCUCGCAGAGGUCGCGGGAUUACGAGCGAGCCCGGAUCGUGUGCAUCCUGGUGUGGGUUCUGGCGUUUGCUUGCUCUUCCCCCCACUUGGCCUUCAGAGAGACCCAUCAUCUUAAAGAAUUUGAUGUAGUGGCUUGUGUGGUUUUUUAUCCAAAUGACACCUGGUUUCUGACCCUGGGCUGGAUGAAGGUCAUUCUGGCAUUUGUGGUGCCGCUGCUUGGCAUCUCCUGUUGCUACUGGGCCAUUGGGAGACAUUUGUUGGCCUACAGAGGAUCAGCAAGAAUGCAAAAUUCACCACCUCCUCAAGCAGGUAAUUGUAAAUCAGAACGUCCGCCGACUCCUACUGUGCACCCAAAUUCAUGCACGACCGGACCCAUGAUGGCCCGCGGGGUAGAGAGGAUUUUGUGGACGGUGGCUGCUGUGGUCAUGGCUUUCUUCAUCUGCUGGUUCCCCUUUCAUUGUGUGACCUUCUUGGACCUUUUGAGUAAAAAUGGAUGGCUGGACAGUUGCUGGGUAACUUGGACCGUCACCAACCUGACCCCACUCACCCUUUGCCUCGGCUUCUCCAACUCUGCCAUCAAUCCUGUGCUCUACUGCUUCGUCGGGAACCAUUUCCGUGGUCGCCUUGGGGGUCUCUGCAAAGACCUGUGUGCUUGUUUGGAGGCCCGUGCGGAUCAGCACAGUCAGAAAAGAGGUUCUUUCAGCACCAGGCUGAGCUCCUUCUCCAGGAAACUCAGUGACCUUAAGGACCUGGCGAUUGUGGAUACCUCAGGUACCCUGUAACAGACUUUUUCCAUCCAGCACUGGGAAAUAUUGACAUUCCAAAGUAUUAAUAUGAACUGAAACUUCCAGGCUUGGUUUAAGAUGCUGGUUUUAUGUAUAAUAAUACAUAAUAUUUCAUAUUACAUGUUUUUGAAAGGAGUACAAAAGUACAUCCUAAAAAUAAAUGGCUAAGAAUGCUCAGAAGAUGAAGUGGGACAUAAAAGUAAAAUUGUAAAAAUUAAAAACUAAUUAAAAAUGACCAAAAAAGAGAACAUGUGAAGAAAUAAGCAUGUUGAACUUUAACAUUCACUUUUGUCUUAACUGUGCUGGUAGUAUGUUUGUCUCUAACGUUGUGACAGUACAUAAAAAUAAAAUAAGCAUUUUCAAAACGGUUUGAAACAUCUUCAUGAUUGAUAAAUUUGCCCAACAAAUUCUCAGUAUUAUUCUGUAGUUCAGGCUAAAUUAGGAUCUAUAGCCUGGACUUGUCUGUGUUACGUAACUUGUGAUAUUAAUUAUUUUUUCUCCCCCACACACUCUAAAUGAGUCGGUAGCGACAGAAGGUAAAUUGAUAUAUUCUAACAAAAAAAAACCAAGUAGUACUUAAAUUUAGCUUUAGCACUGAUGUCUAGCUGGGAUAGAAACAAAUAUUCGACAUCUCAGUCACAUUUCCUGAUAAAAUUAUGCUUUUUAGACUGAAGGAAAGAGUGGAUAAAUAAUGAUAAAUAAUUUCAUCGUUAAAUUGAAAAACAAGCAAAUCUAUUAGGAAGAAAAAUGAAACUAAAGAAGUUUUCAAAUGUUUUUUGUCAUGGGGUCAGUUUUAAAGCCUGGCGGUUUAACACGGGGGUGUCCACUUUUGAAAGCAAAUGUGUUGACGUAAUUGCUGUGUUUCCUGCUUUCUGAAAUGUUUCCUUUCUUGUUUCAUAACCAUAUUUUAUGUGGUAAAGUAAAAUGUGAAUCAGUGGUUGCUGUAGGAACCGGUUCCAUGUGUCUGUACAUAUGCUAAAAUCAAAAGGAGAUGCUGCUGGAUUAUACAUGUAUGCCAACAUUAGCCUGGCAAUCCAAUACAUCUUGCAGUGUUGUUGACAAAAAACCUGUUUAUUUACCGCAAAUAUAUCAUUGUAUUGCUUCUUAUGGACAGUUUAUUCAGCAAAUAAAGAGAACAAGUGUUCAUCAAAUCAGUGGAA